GAACAUGAUGAGUUUUAGUUUUAUAAACUUGCCGGGAAUUGUUGAGAAUAUUAUCUUCUAAUGUUGACAAGCAUUAGGAGAACAGGCAUUGAAAAAUGUUUUUUUUUCACGUUAGUUUCUAAGGGAUGAGUUUUGCAUAUAUAUGUCUCUUUACACUUUGUAUAUUGCUAGACUUUUCUUUCCAAUAAGGCUGAAAGGAACUUUGAACGAUGACUUUUACAUACUUUAAAAGCUCUGUUCUGAACGUUUAAUAUAAAGUGAUUUUUUUUUUUAACCCACUGUCAUUUCAAAUGCAUUUGUUUACAAUUAGCGUCCCCCAACUGCGGUUACCCUGCAAACUGACAACAUGGUCGCUGCUUCCCUGGAAAUAUUUGAGUGAAAUGAGCCAAGGUCACGGUUCUCCAAACGUGAAACAUAUCGCCUGGGCAAAAACGUCCAGCCUUUUUUUCAAAAAGAAGUUCUUGUCUGGCUAACUCUGCAAGGAAGGUUUUUUCAUGGUGAGAUGCAACAGGCGUUUAUUGCAGAUAGAGUAUAAUAACAGAACAUGAAAGACAACAACUUCUCUGGAGAAGAAGAAGAGAUGCAUUCGUUCAGAUGUGAACAAAAUGAUGCAAUUUUGUUUUCCAAUGAAGCAGAGAGGACUUCAAGACCUGGAUGUUGUAAAUGUCAAACUGCAUGGUCAUUGAGUCUGGCCGUGAAAGUGCUGUACAUAUUCUUUAGUUGUCUCAUCAUAGCUAUUGCUAUUCUUGCAUCUGUAGUAUUCAGAAAGGUUGACUCCGUAAGCGAAGAUCUCAACAUGGCCCAAACAUUCUAUGAGACGAUGAUUAGUUCCGUUCAGACAAACAUUAAAGAACUGGAUCAAAAAUCCACAAGCAAAAACUGCUCUUCGUGUCAUGAAGUCUCCCAGUUUGCACAAGAAAUCAUUGACUUGCAGAAAGAGUUUGAAGAAAUGCAGCAGCUACUUUUGACUCAAGAGCCUGCUCUGGAUGAGACUGUCCAAAACCACUUGACCCUUUUGACUGACAACAGACGACUAAAUAAGGAGGUUAUCCAUUAUACAACGUCGAUUGAACAGAUCAACCAAACAGUACAAAGUGUUUCAGUCCAAGUAAAUGGAUUGCAAGUCCUUAUUAAGGAACUUGAUGAGUUUAUGAGGAAACUGACCCAGGACCAGUACAAAAUAAGGAUUAGUGUGCAACACAUUAACUUCACCACCAACCAGAAUACAUUAUGGCUCGAAGAAAUUCAAAGGAAAGCCGAUGAGGAAACUUUAAUAUUACAGAAGAUAGUGGCAGACUGGCAGAACUCCUCAAAAUUGUUUGGAGGUCUAAAGACUUCUGUGAGCAAGAUGAAUGAUGUGGUGAAAGGUAUUCAGAGCACUCUGGCCACCACACUGCAAAGAGUCUCCCAAAAUGCUGAGGUCAUGCAUGACUUAAGCUUGCAACUGCUGGUGGUGCAUGAGCAGUUUGAAAAUAUAUCCACCUUCCUUGAUGACCAUGAAGAACAUAUUCAGGACAUUCUUUAUCAUGCAAGGUAUUAUGAAAAUAGGACAGCUGAAAGGUUUGAAACCAUUAUGGGGCGAAUGAUUUCCCAUGAAACUGAAAUUAACACCAUACUGGCCAACAUCAAUGCUACAAACAAUCAUGUACACAGUAUGAUAAAGUAUAUCAGCGAUGUGAGGACAUCUUGUUCAAGUGGGCUUGGAGCACAUUCAGACGAACUUUACCAUCUCAACAAUUCCCUGACCAUUAUUCAGAGCAGGACUGAUAUAUUAAGGCAGCAGUAUAAUCUCCUAACAGCAACAGUGAAUGGGGAAAUAAGCAAGCUUGCUGUUGUAAUGGAAGAAAUGAAAAUUGUUGAUGCACAACAUGGAGAGGCGAUCAAAAACGUCACCAUUUUAAGAGGUUUGCCAGGUCUGCCAGGACCAAAAGGAAACAAAGGAGAGGCAGGAAUAAAGGGAAAUGUUGGACCUGUCGGACCCAAAGGUGACACCGGUGAACAAGGACCUGCAGGAAAGUCUGGUGCACGAGGUUUAGAUGGGCCUCCGGGUGCUCGUGGAGACAAAGGUUCAAGAGGUCCUAUAGGGGCACCUGGUCCGAAGGGAAGUAAAGGUUCUUACGGGAAGUCUGGUUCACGAGGAGUAGUUGGUCCUAAGGGAGACAGGGGACCACCAGGACCAGAAGGAAAGCCAGGACCACGUGGGCCCAAAGGACAAUCAGGUGUUAAAGGAGAUCCUGGAAUCCCAGGCCCCCGGGGACCUAAGGGAGAAAUGGGGAAUGUAGGCCCCCCAGGAUCUCGAGGACCACCAGAUGAGACUCACAAUCAAAUGUCUGGAUCAGAGUCACAAUCAAAUGUCUCAGCAUUCCGAUGUUCAGUUUUAACUGCCCUAUUUUAAUUGUUCAAAUAUGAGAUAUAACAUGAAGAAACAUUACUCAUUCAGGUGUUUGAGGGUUGUGGAAUCCAUAGAGAUCCAGUGAAACACUGUCUUUAGGAGAGAAUGACAUAAGAUGGAUACAAUGAAAGUCAAGAUUUAACAUUCCACAUACAAAACAUGACUACAAGAUGUUAUCUUGGUAUUCAGUUUUGCAGUUUCCUUGCAUCCAGAGGCAACUUAGAACAUGUGCUAUUGAAGUAAGGGACUUGAAGUCAGUUUUCGGGCCCCUCUGCUAAAUUCAGUAUUUGAAAGACAAAGAGCUGAGCCAAGUCCACUCAAGAUUCUUAAGUGGUCAUUUGUUGACUGAUUCUGAAAGGCAAGAUUUUUAGCAAAAAGAAACAAAUUAAUUUGUUGGUGUCAGGAGAAGCAGAAAUGGUCCCCAACUCCACUUUGUUUUGAUUAACCACACCCCACAUACCUAAGAAUGGGCCAGUAGAGAGGUGAGCUGUCUAGCAUCCAUUUCUUUAAAUGGAUGCACUCCCUGUGGAGUUUUGAGAAGUGCCAGCCUCUCUCUCCGAUUAAUAUGGCUUGAGUUCCAAUUUUGGCUCAGACUUGGGCAUCCUUCAAGGACAUGUGCAGGUUCAUCACUGCCACCAUGAUAGCAUUUAUUACCAUUGAAUUAAUACCCUAUUAUUCUUCACAACGCAACCAUGUAGUCAGGAUCACACCAUUUAAAGACUGGUAUUUAUUCAAAUUUAAAUGCUGACUGUUGUGCAAGAUUUUGAAAUUUAAGUUAAUCCAGCAAUAACUCACCUUUAACCGUAAGGCUGGCAACAACUCCAAAAUUUUUUCCAAUUACUUUUCAGCUGAUUUUGUCUCUUUAUAAAUUUUCUCAUAAAUAAGUGUCUGCAAAUCCCUUGAAACGUUUUCUGGGCAAAUGGUUUGUUCUGAAGUUUCUGCUGCAAACAAAUCCAGCCGGUAACUACACAGGUUAUAGGAAAUGAAACAAUCAAAUUGUUGUGCGUAUACAGCAGUCAGAGUCUACAUAACGUGGUGGUCUUCACAGCUUUGAUGCCAAUGCUGCCGAGUAGUUGUCUAUCCUAAAAUGCCUCUGGGUGAGCAGGACUCACCAAAUAUAUAAAGUGUCUCCAUGGCUGUACCUUCAUUAGAAUGCCAAGUGAAUAAGCUUAUUGGAAUUUAAAAGGGCCAGUGUACCUCAUUCCUCAAAUGGUUCUCUGAAUCUGCAGAAAAUAUCUACACACUCUCAUGGUGCCAUGAUCACAGUGGUGGAAAGCCAGACAGCAUGCCUGGAGCAAAUAAAAUGCAGAUAGCUGAGGAUAUCAUAAGAACAUAAGAACUAGGAGCAGGAGUAGGCCGUCUGGCCCUUCGAGCCUGCUCCGCCAUUCAGUAAGAUCAUGACUGAUCCUUUCGUGGACUCAGAUCCACUUACCCGUGUUCUCACCGUAUCCCUUAAUUCCUUUAUUGUUCAAAAAAAAUGUACGUUUUUUUUGAAAACAUUUACUGAAGUAGCGUCAACUACUUCACUGGGCAAGGAUUCCAUAGAUUAACAACCCUCUGGGUGAAGAAAUUUCUUCUCAGUUCAGUCCUAAAUCUGAUAAGAACAUCAUCAGGCUUCUACUGCUGUAGUUUCUUACCCAAAUCCAAAUCAAUGAAACACAUGCAAACAUAGGCAAAAUGCCAGCAAUUGGGUGAUGACAUUCCCAUGCAUAAACCCUCAGAUACAUUGCCCCAUAUUGAAAUAUAGGCCUCCACUAAGUCUCAACCAGAUGACAAGACAGCUGUGAGAAAUAAAACUGUUUACUGUGAUGUCAAGUGAUAUUUGGAUAAAUUGAAUAUACUUCUAUUGAGAAUUGUAAUCAUUUCUGCACCUGUAGUACUUUGUGUUCUUGUAAUUAACACUGAUGGAUUCAUGUGACCAAGUAUAGGAGCAAAAACAGGUCAACAUUUCUCAGGAUUUUGAUUUUAGAAAAAGGAGAUUUACCUUAGAGUAUCAAAGCUCAACACCUUCCAACAUUGCAACCCCCCUACCCAUCAUGAAAACAAGCCAGACAAAAUAUAAUGAUAUCUUCAUAUGCAUUGCAGCAAUGAAGACCUUUUCCAAAAUUGAUGUUUUACCUGUUUAUUGAAUGAAUCCCUGGGGGGGAAAAAAGGAUGUUUAGCGUUACAGUUUAAAUUUCAAAGAUGUGACAUAUCCAAGAUAGAUAUCAAUAUUUAUUUCUGAACUUGCUGAAGUCUUCAGACGUUCAAGCAGAAACACAAGAAAAUUACACCUAAGAAAUGUCAAAGUUUAUGUUCACAUUCAAGUUUCAGGAGCUAUUAUUAUAUUUCAGGAUUAGUAAAGAUGAAAGAAUAAGUGAUAUGUUAUUCAUAUUUUGCAUGCAUUCAUUAAUUUGUCCUUUUUCUUUAGAAAAGUACAAAGACAAUAGCUAUGACAAUCAUGUUUUGCAAGUAUGCAAUAGUCUAAGACCUGUAUUUUAAUUAACUGCUGCCUCAUUUAGUGUUGUAAGUAUAAGAUACAUGCUAAAUUUAUAAAGCUGGGAAAUGGCCAUGUUUACAUUUUGUGUCAACUGUAAUAUGCAUUACUGUUUGCUAGUUAGUCUGUCAGUUUAACUUGUUUGCUUUAAUAUACUGCUUACAUUAUCGCAUUGUAUUCAAAUGAAUGCUACCAAAAGAAACAUUUUACAAUUAAGCAUUUUAUGCAGCGCAUGUGAUCAGUAUUUUUUACUCAUUCUAGUAAAAUCUAUGACACAGUAAAAGCAACGUUAAGGUUUAAAAUAUUUUAAUGUGUGUAUAACAGUCUGAAAUAUUUUCAAGAAAAUAGAGUAUUGUUUUAUUAUAAAUGGGGAAAAAUGAACUGGUUUCCUGAAUUUUGUAACUUGUGUUAAAACUGCAGCUGGUUUGCAUGCUAUUACAGAUAUCAUCCAACCUAUGUAAACAUUGUAAUUUUUAAUUAUAUAGCCAGGUAUCUGAAGUCCUGGUUUAAUAAAUGCAGUACACAACUCUA